ACUAAAAAUAGAAAUCUCAAAAAAAAUAUAUUUGUAAAUCUUUUUUCUCUCUCUUCUCAUUGGCUCUUUGGAAAUCGCCAUGACUGCUGCCUCAGCUCUAUCUCUGCUCCCAGUUGCAAUCCGAAGGCCGUCUUCUAAGCGCUACUCUAAAAAGGGUGACGGUAGAGUAGGAUUCAGAGUGUUCGCUGUAUUUGGUGAAGAAGAUGUAGGCGGUAUACAAAAAAAGAGUACAUGGGAAGCAAUUUUUGAAGUGGAGGACCCUCGGCCAAGGGUACCUCUUUCUAAGGGGAAAUUCAUUGAUGCAAACCAAGCUUUGGAGGUGGCCAGGUUCGACAUCCAAUAUUGCGAUUGGAGAGCUCGUCAGGACUUGUUAACCAUCAUGAUUCUGCAUGACAAGGUGGUAGAGGUUCUCAACCCUUUAGCAAGGGAAUUUAAAUCGGUCGGAACUAUAAAAAAAGAGCUCGCACAGUUGCAACAAGAGCUAGCACAAGCACACCGACAGGUUCAUAUAUCAGAAGCAAGGGUGUCCACUGCACUGGAUAAAUUGGCAUAUAUGGAAACUUUGGUUAAUGGCAGAUUACUUCAAGACAAAAAUACGAAUGAAUCGAGUUCAGACAUAAUCUCACCUACACCAAGCACUUCUUCAGUAUCUAUGGAUACUGUAAAGACUGCAUCCCCUAGAAAAAGUCUAAAUGUUUCGGGUCCUGUCAAGCCUUAUCACCCCAGCUUGAAGAAUUUUUGGUAUCCAGUUGCUUUCUCUGGGGAUCUAAAAGAGGAUACAAUGAUACCAAUAGAUUGUUUUGAAGAACCAUGGGUUAUAUUUAGAGGGAAAGAUGGGAAACCUGGAUGCUUGCAAAAUACAUGUGCUCAUAGAGCCUGCCCACUGCAUCUCGGGUCAGUGAAUGAAGGAAGAAUCCAAUGCCCUUAUCACGGAUGGGAGUAUUCAACUGACGGAAAAUGUGAGAAAAUGCCAUCUACCCGCAAGCUUAAUGUGCAAAUAAAAUCUUUACCAUGUUUCGAAAACGAAGGAAUGGUCUGGAUUUGGCCAGGUGAUGAACCUCCAAUGGCUAUUCUUCCUUCUUUGCAACCUCCUCCGGGAUUUCAAAUUCAUGCAGAGAUUGUGAUGGAGCUACCAGUAGAGCACGGGCUUCUCCUUGACAAUCUUCUAGACCUUGCACAUGCUCCUUUUACUCAUACUUCCACCUUUGCAAAGGGAUGGAGUGUUCCAAGCUUGGUAAAGUUUCUCACUCCUUCAUCAGGACUCCAAGGGUACUGGGACCCGUACCCUAUUGACAUGGAGUUCAAGCCUCCAUGCAUGGUUCUCUCAACAAUCGGGAUAUCAAAACCGGGAAAACUUGAGGGACAAAAUACUAGAGAGUGCUCUACACAUCUACACCAACUUCACGUGUGCCUUCCCUCUUCUAGAGGCAAAACUAGAUUGUUAUAUAGAAUGUCUCUGGAUUUCGCCCCUAUACUUAAGCAUGUCCCUAUGAUGCAUCUUCUGUGGAGACAUUUUGCAGAGAAGGUCUUAAACGAAGAUCUAAGGCUCGUGCUAGGGCAACAAGACCGAAUGAUCAGAGGAGCAAACAUAUGGAACUUGCCAGUUUCCUAUGAUAAGCUCGGCAUAAGAUACAGGCUAUGGAGAGAAGCAGUUGAGAGAGGAGACAAGCAAUUGCCAUUCAGCAACCAAGAACAUGAGUAGUCGAACAUCGAAAAAUUUUCCCUGCAAAAAGCACUAAUUUUCACUCUCUAAAAGAGCAUCAUUCUUUUGGUUAUAAAAGCCGAUGAAUUUGCAACCAGAAGGUCUAUCAAUGCUCAGAAAGCAGUAGAAGAUCUUGAAGCUGGUUGCAGGAGGAGAUGAAGAAUUUGUAAAUUAUGUUGUAUACUAGUUGAAUACUUGAGGCAUAGAGAUUUAGUUUAUGCCUCUUUUUUUUUUUUCUCCCUUUGAUGUAUUAUGCGAAGGCCUCUGUUAUCAGGUUGAGUUGAAGCAAUAAAAGAGCAUUUGUAUCUUCA